GCGACCUCAUUCAUUCUACCGACGUGACUGAAUAGGCGGUUGAGUUUGUGAUUUCUCUCAAAGAAUGCAGAUCUUCGUGAAAACGCUUACUGGUAAGACCAUUACCCUCGAAGUCGAAGCGAGCGACACCAUCGAAAACGUGAAGGCGAAAAUCCAAGACAAGGAAGGAAUCCCGCCCGACCAGCAGCGUCUCAUUUUCGCGGGGAAACAACUGGAGGACGGUCGUACUCUAAGCGAUUACAACAUCCAGAAAGAGUCUACUCUCCAUCUUGUGCUUCGUCUGAGAGGUGGUAUGCAGAUCUUUGUCAAGACUCUAACCGGAAAAACCAUCACAUUGGAAGUGGAAGCGAGCGAUACAAUUGAGAACGUGAAAGCUAAAAUCCAGGACAAGGAAGGAAUCCCACCCGACCAACAGCGUCUUAUCUUUGCAGGCAAACAGCUCGAAGAUGGGCGUACUCUGAGUGACUACAACAUUCAGAAAGAAUCCACUCUCCACCUUGUGCUCCGUCUCCGUGGUGGUAUGCAAAUCUUUGUCAAAACGCUGACGGGUAAAACCAUCACGUUGGAAGUGGAAGCGAGCGACACCAUCGAGAACGUGAAAGCAAAAAUUCAAGAUAAGGAAGGCAUCCCACCCGAUCAACAGCGUCUCAUUUUCGCUGGUAAACAACUGGAAGACGGCCGCACGUUGAGCGAUUACAACAUCCAGAAAGAAUCUACCCUCCAUUUGGUGCUUCGUUUGAGAGGCGGUAUGCAAAUCUUUGUCAAAACGCUGACAGGCAAAACCAUCACGCUGGAAGUGGAAGCGAGCGACACCAUCGAGAACGUGAAGGCAAAAAUUCAAGACAAGGAAGGAAUUCCCCCGGAUCAGCAGCGUCUCAUCUUUGCUGGCAAGCAACUUGAGGACGGCCGUACUCUGAGCGACUACAAUAUUCAAAAGGAAUCGACGCUUCAUUUGGUUCUUCGUCUCAGGGGAGGCAUGCAAAUUUUUGUGAAGACCCUCACUGGUAAAACUAUCACGCUUGAGGUUGAAGCUAGUGACACCAUCGAGAACGUAAAGGCAAAAAUUCAAGACAAAGAAGGUAUUCCUCCUGACCAGCAGCGCCUUAUCUUUGCUGGUAAGCAGCUAGAGGACGGGCGCACUCUGAGCGACUACAACAUUCAGAAAGAGUCUACUCUUCAUCUUGUUCUCCGUCUCCGCGGGGGCAAUUAGACAUUGAAAAACAUCAGAAAGCGAACUUGAUUCUAGCUACUAGUAUGUGUGUGUUUGUGUGUAAGGGAACGAAGCGUACUUUGUAGUGACUGCUGUAUGUGAAAUUCCAAUUAUUAGAAAAGGAUUGCUGCAUUCAUUGAAA